GCAGCUGUGUCUCGGUCUGAGGCUGCGCCGCUCCCGCUGCAUCACAGAGAGGAAAAUACCACCAGAUGGCGGUUUAGGAUUGCUGCUCUUCUCUCAAGGCGCGGUUCCGCUCGCACGACCAAUUUUCAAUAUUAAAAUACGCACAAUAUUAAAACGAAAAUCGAUUUAUUGUUACGAAAGGUGAUAAUCGAUUCGGGGAUGGUCGUUACAGGAGUUGAAGGGAGUUAAGUGCCCGAAAACUGAGUGCAGUCCGUUCUGGAUCCUCUCCUUCCUGCCCUUUCCUGAGCUCCCCAAUAGUUGAACUUUGGCACCUCCAUCUCUGGACCUGAAACACCUUCAGUCCUGAAGACGCACUUUAGACAGAGAUACACACCUCGCUGCCAUCCUUAGUAACCAGGAUGAUCACCUCAGAGCUCCCUGUCCUGCAGGACUCUUCAAAUGAGUCUGGGGCAACAGAUGCAGUGGGGUUAAGUAUGAGCAUGAGUGAGAUGGAAGAUCCAGAGGUGAAAGGCAAGAAGAAGAGAGGGAGGCCUGGAAAACAACUCCCGACGUCCAAUAAGAAGCCUCGGAAGUCACCAACAGACAAGGCUAUGGGCAUAGCAAGGGGGCGAGGGAAAGCCAACGGCGUGGCUCAGCAUAAUGGAGACGGUGGAGAUCCCGUCACUCUGUUUGAAGUCGUCAAACUGGGCAAGAGUGCCAUGCAGUCUGUGGUGGACGAGUGGAUCGAGUCGUACAAACAGGACAGAGACUUGGCACUGCUGGACCUCAUCAAUUUUUUCAUCCAGUGUUCAGGCUGCAAAGGCACUGUGAGGAUUGAGAUGUUCAGGAACAUGCAGAACGCAGAGAUCAUCCGCAAGAUGACUGAAGAGUUUGAUGAGGACAGUGGGGAUUAUCCUCUCACCAUGCCAGGGCCUAUGUGGAAGAAGUUCCGCUACAACUUCUGCGAGUUCAUCAGCGUUUUAAUCCGACAGUGUCAGUACAGCAUCAUUUAUGACGAGUACAUGAUGGACACCGUCAUCUCCCUCCUCACAGGGCUGUCUGACUCUCAAGUGCGAGCCUUCAGACACACCUCCACAUUAGCAGCGAUGAAGCUGAUGACGGCGUUGGUGAAUGUGGCGCUGAACCUGAGCAUUCACCAGGACAACACGCAGAGACAAUACGAGGCCGAGAGGAACAAGAUAGCCGGGAAACGAGCCAAUGAGAAGCUGGAACUGCUGCUACAGAAGCGGAAGGAGCUUCAGGAAAACCAAGAUGAAAUAGAGAAUAUGAUGAACUCCAUCUUUAAGGGAAUCUUUGUGCAUCGCUACAGGGAUGCAAUUGCUGAAAUCCGAGCCAUCUGCAUUGAGGAGAUCGGAGUGUGGAUGAAGAUGUACAGCGACGCCUUUCUUAAUGACAGUUACCUUAAAUAUGUUGGCUGGACGCUGCACGAUAGGCAAGGAGAGGUCCGUCUGAAGUGCCUGAAAGCUCUGCAGAACCUGUACACAAACCGAGAACUGUUCCCAAAAUUAGAGCUUUUCACCAAUCGCUUCAAGGACCGCAUAGUAUCAAUGACACUGGAUAAGGAGUACGAUGUGGCUGUGGAGGCUAUCAGACUGGUCACGCUCAUCCUGCAGGGCAGCGAAGAUGCCUUGUCCAAUGAGGACUGUGAGAACGUGUACCACCUGGUUUACUCUGCCCACCGACCGGUGGCAGUCGCUGCUGGGGAGUUUCUCCAUAGGAAGUUGUUCAGUCGUCAUGACCCACAGGCAGAGGAAGCGCUGGCUAAGCGCAGAGGGAGGAGCAGCCCCAACGGAAACCUCAUCCGCAUGCUGGUGCUCUUCUUUCUGGAGAGUGAGCUCCAUGAGCAUGCAGCCUACCUGGUGGACUCAUUGUGGGAAAGCUCCCAGGAGCUGCUGAAAGACUGGGAGUGUAUGACUGAACUUCUGCUGGAGGAGCCUGUGCAAGGAGAGGAGGUGUUAUCAGACAGACAGGAGAGUGCUCUGAUAGAGCUGAUGGUGUGCACCAUCCGACAGGCAGCAGAAGCGCACCCACCUGUUGGCAGAGGAACUGGCAAACGGGUGCUGACAGCGAAGGAGAGAAAGACCCAGAUAGACGACAAGAACAAACUGACAGAGCACUUCAUCAUGGCUUUGCCUAUGCUUCUGUCCAAGUACCAGGCAGACUCAGAGAAGGUUGCCAACCUGCUGCAGAUCCCUCAGUACUUUGACCUGGACGUGUACAGCGCCGGGCGCAUGGAGAAGCACCUGGACGCCUUGCUGAAGCAGAUCCGGCUGGUGGUGGAGAAGCACAUCGAGAUAGACGUGCUGGAGGCCUGCAGCAAGACCUACAGCAUCCUCUGCUCCGAGGAGUACACCAUCAUGAACCGCGUUGACAUCGCCCGCUCACAGCUCAUCGACGAGAUGACCGAUCGAUUCGCGCACUCUGUCGAGGAGCUGCUGCAGGAGGCUGAGGAGGCUGAUGAUGACGAUAUCUACAAUGUUUUAUCUACUCUCAAGAGACUCACAGCCUUCCACAAUGCCCAUGACUUGACACGGUGGGAUUUAUUUGGGAACUGCUACCGGCUGCUGAAGGCAGGCAUCGAGCAGGGCUCCAUGCCGGAGCAGAUAGCCGUCCAGGCCCUGCAGUGCUCGCACUACUCCAUCCUGUGGCAGCUGGUCAAGAUCACAGAGGGGGCCCCCAGCAAGGAUGACCUGGUGGCUCUCAGGAGAGUGGUGAAGUCUUUCCUGGCUGUGUGCCAGCAGUGCCUGUCCAAUGUCAACACACCAGUCAAAGAACAGGCGUUUAUGCUUCUCUGCGACUUGCUGAUGAUCUUCAGCCACCAGCUGAUCUCUGGCGGCAGGGAGGGCCUUCAGCCGCUGGUCUUUAACCCAGACAGCACUCUGCAAAACGAACUGCUCAACUUUGUCCUGGAUCACGUCUUCAUUGACCAGGACGACGAGAGUCAGAGCAUGGAGGGAGAUGAGGAGGAUGAGGCCAACAAGAUCGAGGCUCUCCACAAAAGGAGAAAUCUUCUCGCAGCGUUCUGCAAACUCAUCAUCUACGACAUCGUAGACAUGCCGGCUGCUGCGGACAUCUUCAAACACUACAUGAAGUAUUAUAAUGAUUAUGGAGACAUCAUCAAGGAGACACUGAGUAAAACCAGACAGACGGACAAGAUUUUGUGUGCCAAGACCCUCAUCCUCAGUCUGCAGCAGCUGUUCAAUGAGCUGCUACAGGACCAGGGACCCAACUUGGACCGAACGUCGUCUCACGUCAGCGGCAUUAAGGAGCUGGCGCGCCGCUUUGCCCUCACCUUCGGCCUGGAUCAGAUCAAAACCAGAGAGGCUGUUGCAACGCUUCACAAGGAUGGAAUAGAGUUCGCAUUUAAGUACCAGAAUCCUCGAGGACCAGAGUUUCCUCCCAUCAACCUGGCCUUCCUGGAGGUUCUCAGUGAAUUCUCCUCCAAACUAAUCCGCCAAGACAAAAAGACAGUCCACUCGUACUUGGAGAAGUUCAUGUCAGAGUCGAUGUCGGAGCGUCGGGAGGACGUGUGGCUGCCGCUGAUCUCCUACAGGAACAGCCUGCUGACGGGAGGAGACGAGGACCACAUGUCCGUCACAUCGGGCUCCAGCAGCAAGACCGGCUCGGUCCGCAGCAAGAAGGGACGGCCGCCGCUACACAAGAAACGUAUCGAAGAGGAGAGUAGCGUUGAGGGCUCGUGGAUGAUGCGUAACGACACUCUUCAGACACCGGGAGCGCUGCAGACUCCUCAGCUCACCUCGACAGUCCUCAGAGAGAACAGACCAGCAGAACACAUGCCGGACCCGGACUCAGAACCCGGAUCAGAGAACGACUACGUACACAAUCCUCAGAUGCAGAUGUCGUGGCUCGGCCAGCAGAAGAUGGAGGAGGUGAGCAGGAAGGACCGGACAGGCCUGAACUACAUCAAGUCACGCAGCAAUCAGGGCGUUCGGCAGACUGUACGUGGCUUGAUGGAGGAUGACGCAGAGCCCAUCUUUGAGGAUGUGAUGAUGUCUUCGCGGGGCCAACUGGAGGACAUGAACGAGGAGUUUGAGGACACUAUGGUGAUCGACCUGCCGCCAUCGAGGAACAGACGUGAACGAGCAGAAUUAAGACCAGACUUCUUUGACUCUGCAGCGAUGAUUGAGGACGAGUCGGGUUUCAGCAUGCCCAUGUUCUGAUUUGGGAAGAGGCAAAGAUCAUGAGAUCAGGAGUGAAUACAAAGGGGGGAGGGGGAGGGUUUGGGAUGUCUUAAUCCACAGAAGAAGAAGAAGAAAAAAACAUUGUUGAAGUGCUUUCCUCUUUCUAUAAGACAUGAUGGAAGGAUGUUUGUCCAGUGGAACCACUGAAGGAUCCCACGUUGACUGCAUCUCACCUGGACAUGUGAAGCAAGGAGGAUCAGAUCUGUUCUGUCAGGCAGACCGGAGGGUCCAGAAUAUUCUCCAGAAUAUUGUCCAGAAGAGCUUCGUCUUGCUCCUAAUCUUCCUCCUCCUCCUUCUUUCCGGCCUGUUGGUUCAGCUCUUGUUAGCGGUUGCUCUGAAGGCGCUCUGGGUGUCGGUCCAUGAGCUGUCGCUGUCUGUUACACAGAUGUACAGUUGUUUGGUCCAGCUUCUGAUCAACAGCAUUGAGCAGCGUGACAGUCUGUACAGCCCCCCCUUGUUUUGGUGUCGCACUUUGAUCCGUCUGGUUGAAUCAAACACAGUGAGGAUCUCAGUUCUAAAUGUUCUAUAUCUUUGCUCUUAUUAAGGCCCACUGCCCCCUCUCUCUCUCUCUCUCUCUCUCUCUCUCUCUCUCUCUCUCUCUCUCUCUCUCUCUCUCUCUCUGUUCACCGUCUGAGUGUUUGUACGUGGUGGUGCUGGUGUGCGAUGUGUGUGUAAAGUGUUGGUGGUGAUGAUGAGCAGUCGCACGUGCACACGGAGGAGGAAGUAGGGAGGAUGUAACCGUCUUGUGUGUGUGUGUGUGUGUGAUGUCAAAGCAAAGCGCGUGUUGCCAUUUGACGGCGAAGUCGCACACAAACACAAACGCACACCCCACAGCCGACCCCCGGACAGAAGCUCCACCCUCUCAGAUCUCGGACAUGUUCUGCACACACCCUUCAAAUUUUGAAAGUUAGAAAGUUUAAAAAAAAACAAACAAAAAAAAAGACAAUAAACAUAUUUUGAAUUCUGUAGCUUUAGUACUAAAGUUUUAAAUCAAGUGUGUUUUUGUUUUUGUCUGUUUGUACAGUUUUUUCUUGAAUAUGUAUCUUGUUUGUUGCCAAAUUGUGGCCUACUUACGGUAUAUUCCAGCCCUUUCCCUGACACCUGUAAAUCAUAUCUAAAGGUUUCCAAGCUCAGAUUGUUGCUGUAGGAUAGCAGCUUUUUAAGCGCUGUAUGGUCUGAUUGUAAUCAUUUCACGGUCCAGUAUUACAGCAGAUUAUCUGGUAGGUUUGUUCAUUUUAACAGGUCGGUCACUUGCCUACAGUGUUAGUUGAUCCGAGAAGUUGGAAGAUUUGUCGUUAUCACCAUUCAUAUCCAGUGCAGUGAUGGAUCUCUGUCUGACUGAUUUGUUUGAAUGUGUUUUGAAUGUUUCCCGCCAUAUCGUCGUUCACCCACCGUUUGUUUAUCAGUCGUUUACCCCUUUCCCCUCGGCUGGCUUGGCAGUCCUGUAAAUAUCAGAGACAAUUGGGUUUUUUUCUGCAGUGCAGUUGACAUCGGUUGCCCUUAAAAUGCUCUAAAAGCCUGUUUUUGUUUUUUGUUUUUUUCCUGUGAACUUAAAAUUCUUUUUAAUAAAAUAAAAUCUGUAAUCGA